AUGAUUCAGCCGUCGGUUCGCCACAUAAUCCACGCCGACCUCGACGCCUUUUACGCCGCGGUUGAACAGCUUGAUAAUCCAGAACUGCGGGGCAAACCGGUGCUGGUGGGCGGAAGUCCGGACGGGCGCGGCGUCGUUGCCACCGCCUCAUACGAGGCCCGCAAGUUUGGUGUCCACUCGGCAAUGCCCAUGGCCACCGCGGUGCGCCAUUGCCCAGACGGCAUCAUCGUGCGACCCCGGUUCGACCGAUACCGAGAAUUGUCGGCGCAAGUCAUGGGGGUAUUCCGCUCCGUAACCGACACCAUCGAGCCGCAAUCCCUGGAUGAAGCCUAUCUGGACAUCACCGUCGCUGCCGAUGACCGCUCACCAAUCGCCGUUGCCAUAGACAUCAAAGCCAGGGUGGCCGCCGAAACCGGCCUGACCGUAUCGGUGGGCCUGGCCACCGGGAAAUGCGUCGCCAAAAUCGCGUCCGACUUGCAAAAGCCAGACGGCCUGGUGGUGGUUCCCGACGGUGAGGAAGCCGAAUUUCUGGCCCCGCUCGCGGUCGGUAAACUAGCGGGUAUCGGCCCGAAAUCUGCCGCGCGGCUGCUAGCCGACGGAGUGCACACGAUCGGCGACCUGGCCGGGAUGCCCGAACCCUGGUUCACACGCCGGUUCGGCAAGCGUGGCGCCAGCAUUCGCGACCACGCCCGCGGCAUCGAUCACAGUCCGGUGCAGACGGUGCGGGAAACCAAAUCGAUGAGCAGCGAAACGACCUUUCCGGAAGACAUCGGCUCUGCCGAAGAACUGCGUCCAGUCAUUGACCGUCUUUCGAGCAGCGUCGCCAGUGCGUUGAUGCGAAAAUCCCUGACCGGACGCACCGUUACGGUAAAGAUGCGUCUGUCCGAUUUCACCACGUUUACGCGCCAAAUGACCCUGCCCGCUUCCAUCAACGACGAUUCGACGAUUGGCGCCACUGCGUGGACGUUGCUGGAACGGGAACUGGCACCGGAGCGAACGUUCCGCUUGCUGGGCGUCGGCGUUUCCGGAUUCGUACCGGCGGAACCGGAAGGCAACGAUAAGCCCAACAGACGGCGAGCGGCGCACCGGGCUUCCGCAGGUGCUCGCGCAACUUCCUAUCAACUAGCCCUGCCCGUCAACUAG